GCCCCGCCGGGGUUCGCUCCGCGGGCCGUCACUCACGCGGGUGUGGGCCAGGGCCAGGCCCCCAGGUGCAGGCGGUGCCCGGCCCCCGUGGGACUUGGUGCUUCCCGCAGGUUGGGGCCGGCCGCUGGGCGGGGCAGGAGCCUGGCAGGGCCCGGAGCUGAGGGGACGGAGACGGAGACGGUCCCCCAGCCCAGCCCGUGCGCGGCGAUGGCUGGUGCCCCGCGCGAGCUCGAUCUCACCUUCCUCAGCGAGCAGGAAGCCCGGCAGAUUUUCCAGGUGCUGGAGCGGGACGCGGAGCUGAAAAGGGCCGAGCGGGACCGGAUCAGCAAACUUCAGAAGAAAAAGCAAGAUGUAACUGGACUACAGGGAGUGACUGGAGAAUGGUUUGAAGAAAUACAGAGAAAAAAAUUUCUGAAUGAAACUGACGUUAACAGAAUGUUAAAACGACCACUAGCACAUUGGCUAAGAAAGACAUCAAGAAAUGAUCCUAAAGAGUUUAAAAUGUCAUCUCCCCAAAAUCCACAAGUGCAAAAGAAUGUCUCACCUUCCAUUCUGGGAUUCAGAACUCCUUUCGCUUCACUCUUCUCCUUCAAAAAAUCAAGGAAGCACAGUUUAAAGCAUCAGACUCGGCAGCAGCCACGAUAUGACAGCUUUGCUCUGGGCGCUCAUACUUCUUCCAAAGUUGAGGAAAUGGCACAGGCUGAAAUAUGCAACUCAUCUUUACCAGCUGAACUAUCUGGUAAUUUAUUUGAUGCAACUCAAGCUGAAAUGAUGGAGGACAGUGCACCUAUAUGGAAUGAACAGCUAGAAAAAGAAUUCUUCCGUGUUCUAGGUGAUCUGGAUGACCAGCUGGCACAGGAACAAGCCCAAGAUUCAGUGAACAGAAAGCGUCUAGUUGACAGUGGACCAAGAGCACAAUAUCUGUUUCCCAGUACAAGCAGACAGACUGCUAUUAGGGGACGACACAGAAAUAACUGCAGUGGAACACCCAGCACAUUUUUCUCUGAUGCAACAAGAACAAUAAGAGCCAAAGAGGAUCAUAAAAUUUUCUACAAACCAAGGAAAUUUUAUGAUACAUAUAUGAACAGGCGCCAUUCAGCCUCUAAAGAAGAUUACAUGCACAAGGAUUCAUUAGACAGUAGUUAUCCUGUUCUGAGCAGAAGGCUGACUUCUGUAUCUUUUGGAGAGUCCUCAGAAGGUAGCUUGCAUCUUCCUUCCAUAAGACAGAGCAGUGGAUUCGGACACAACAGUUAUAUAGGCAAGAGUACAGUUGGGAGAAGUUACUCUGUGUGUUCUCUUCAGAGAUAUCCAUCUUCUGCAUCCCCUGACCCAUUUUCAACAACUAGUUUACAAAAUCUAUUGGCAACAGAGAACAACAGUGGAUUUGUACAAAGGAACAAUCGUCAAACCCCAAAGCGAAUUCCCCUCUCUUCUAUUGUAUGGAAUAAACCAUAUACUUCUGGACAUACAUCAAAUCAAGACAAUCUUUUUAGGACUCAAUCAUUAACGGAAUAUAAUGCCACAAAACAGGAUACAUAUCCUUGCCCUCUGCAUGAAAACAGAGAAUAUGAAUUUUACCGGUCAAAACACCAUUUCAGAAGAGCUGUGUCAAGUACUAAUUGGUUUAGUAGCGUCAGUUGCACAGACAAAGCUGCUACUUCACUAUCCUUUGAUAACUGGGAGAAUUAUCCAUUAUGCUGGUUGGAAAACAACCUCUCUAGGUCCCACUAUAGAGAUACAGCUUGUCAUGGUAGGUUCCAAAUGCACCAAAAGAGUUCUCCUUUUGGAAGAAAAGAGGAGCACCCUUCCUGUUCUGAUAUUUAUCAGUACUACAAUGAUGAAGUGUUUCUUUCCCCUGAUGCUCACUGUGAAAUGAUUACAUCUAAUUUAAAUGACCAGCAAAGUACACAUGCAAAGAAUGCUAAACUUGCUUCACAGUGCCGUCAGAGUGGCUUUCAAACAUGUGUGUCAGAGAACAGAAAUAGUGCGGAGAUAUCAAGUAGUGGAAGUAGUAAACUGCUUUCAAAGAAUUCAAAAGACCUUCAGAGCUGUCUCACUUAUAAAUCUGCCAUUACUUCACCCAGCAUCAACACAGAUGUGUCUAAUGAGACUGUCUUACUGGGUUCAAGGGUCAAAAUGAAAUUGGUAGCAGAGAACAGCAGUUCUGCCACUAAGGGUUCCCAAAGCCAGCCACAGCCUUUGGUUACCCAAACGAAUAUUAAGAAAGACGUUAAAAAAGCUGCUUCAGACAAGGUCAGAGACUUGGAACGAUCAGGCAAGGCAGACCAGAAGAGUAUUAAAGACAUAAUAUUACAGCCAGUUUCUCAGAAAGUGGAUACAAAAAAUACCACUGAUCCCCAGAUUUCUCCUUCUAAUAAUGCUGCUGCCUUGCAAAACAGCACAUCUAUUCUUAAUUCACCUCUCUCACUGAGUUCAAGCAGACAAACCCAGCUCACCGCCACCAGAGAGAUUACAAAAAAUAGCAUAUCAAAGAGUUGUAAAAGAAACCUACAAAGAAAGGAAAAUGAUCUUCCUGCUCACAGUGAACUUAAUCAGGCCCCUUCUCUUCUGUCAGUUGAUGAGAGCAGAAGGGGAUCGUUUCUUUCAAAUCUAAAGCAAUGGGAACAUAAUCUUUUUAAUUCAGCAAAAAGAAAAGGCAUUAAAUUAGGAAGCCAGAGAGCAGAAACUACUGAUCAUAUCACUCCUAAGGGAGAGUCUUUCCUGGUAGAUGUUCUACAAAGUAGUGCAUCAGUUCAUUCUGCUCCAAUUACUGAAACAUUGGCAAACCAUCAAAGCAUAUUGCCCAGUCCUCCAGAACUUUUGUCUCAUAGUUCACAAGGCUCUCUAGAAGACUUUUCUCAUAAGAGCUAUCUGAAAUCUUUAGAAACUCCAACUAAUUCUUCAGUGAAUUGCAGAGUUACUGAAGCUCCAGCAGAAGGUGGGAAAGUAGUUGAGUUGGCAGAUGUUGUUGCAAAAGAUAUUCCCCAGGAAAAACCCAAAGAUCAAAAUAUUUUAGCCAGUAAGGACCAUAAUAGUCAAUUAACUACUGGUGAUUCACAAAACAGGAACUGUGAGAAUAUUUAUGCACAUAGUUUUGACAGAAGCCCAGAGAUUGCAGAACGUAGUUUAAACUAUUUUUGUUUGGAAAGAGAAAAUGGAAAAACAAGACAAAAUGCAUCUUGUACUGAAAGUCUCUAUAGGCAAGGAAGGUUACUGAGACACACACAUAGUAACAGCAUUUCUGGCUCUCCUGGUAAAAGCAACCCUGAGUCUCCAGAGUCUCCUGUCGUUUAUUACACUUUACCUAGAAAAUCAGCUAGCAUUGCUGGCAGUGUAAUGUCAGAUAUGUCCAUCUCUUUCCCUCAAAGCAAAACAGCCAGGUGGGAUCAUGUAGAGAAGCAGAACUCAGACAGAACUGCUGCCUUUUCUUUUAAUCAGGGAGAUAAAAUAUCUUCUUUAGGACCAGCACAUUCUUCAAUAAGACAAAUACCUUUAGAUGGUAUUACAGAUAUCAAAGGAAGUGUCCUGCAAAUUAAGGAUCACCCUUUGUCUCUAAACAGGAGCCCUAACCACUCCAUAAGUGGAAGUACAGUAGUCUCUGAAUCAGAUGCACUUACAGAGAGAGAGAAACUUGUAAACAAAAAAGAAUCCCCUGUAUUUUCAGACUGUUUGGAAAAGGAAAUGGGGGAUUCUUUGCAGAAAUAUAGAACUAUUAGCACAUUUACAGUUUCUGGUGAUGAGGAUCAUGUUGAAUAUCACGAGUUGGUUUCAAUUUAUUACACCUUACCACGGAGUCAUUCAAGAACAUUGUGUAACCUCUUUCUAGAUGAUCCAGAGAGGACAGCUUUACCUCUUUUCACAGAAAAAUCUAAAUCACCAAAAAUGCCAAACAAGAACUCUGAAGUUCGUAUGGGUUUAGCAAAUGUAGCUUUUCCUAGCACCUUAGAAAAAGAGAGACCCCCACAUACCCCUGAUCAAACUCCUGCAGCUUCAAUGACACCCCAGAAUGCAAAGACAGGAGCUAUUGACACAGAUCAGGAAAGCUCACAUUUUUCUCCCAGCACUGAGAAAGUAUGUACUUCACAAUCAAUGAGCAUUGUACAUAAUAAGAAAGAUAUUUCACCAGGGCUUGCAUUAAAAGAAAGCACAUCUGUACUUCCUGACAUGGUGACAUCAGACAUUUCUAUUCGUGAUCCAGAAUCCACUGCAGAAGCAGAUACUUCUGUUAAGGCAAUUUCUACUGUUUCACACAACCAAAAUAUUGAUAUAUGCUUUUCUUCAGGUAAAGAAAGUAAAGAGGAGGAGGACAUAUUGCAUACUGACACACCGUUAAUCUCCACUUUGUCAACCCUCCAAAAACCCAAAGACCCUCCAGAGAAUGUUUUUAAUUUUACUUCUGCAAUUAAUAAUACUAAUCGUGUGCAAAACAGAGACUCCAAAAAUUGCCAGCAAUCUAUUAAAGUAGGAGGGAGUAACAAUCAGAAUAUUUUACCACCCCAGUUAGAUAAAAAUAGUUCCCAUGAAGGAAAAAGUCGUAUAGAGUCUGCAGUCAAUAAAACACCAAUAACCUCUGCUGAAAGUAAAUCUAGACAUGACGCAGGAGCCAAAGAGAGAUCAGAUUUUCAACACCAAAGCAUUUCCCUAUAUAACAAUAAAUGUACUGGAUUUCAAUUAGGAGCUGAAAGUUCCAGAAAUAGCACCGAUGAAGCAUUAAUUUCUGAUAGACAAAUGCUUCAAAAUUCACAUAACAAACCAUUUCAGCUUGGCAUGGUUUCUGCAGCUAAACCUGUACUUCAACCAGCCAAAACAGGUAUCCCAGACACACAUGAGUUAGUGAGCCCCAAAACUAAACAAGAGCAAAUAUCCCUGAACACUCAGAUGGACAAAGAUUGCACUAGUUUGCAGAAAGCUGUGAUGUACAGUGAAGAUAAACUCUCCAGUGUCACACAGGAUCUGCAACUGCUGCAAAGUGCAGUGAACGAAAAUAAGCUUAGGUCUGAUGGCACUAGAGAGAAAUUCAGUAAUAUAGAAAAAAGGAAAAACAGGCCCUCAAUUAAAAAUGAAGUGGCAGCCAUUUACAAAACAAGCCGAAAAUUUUCUAGUAAAAAUGUAAACCCCAAACCACACAUAAGUAAUAUAUUUUCACAGAAUGAUGGAGGUACCACUUCGUUAGAGAUUAACAUGACCCACAGCACAUUGCGUUCCCCUGCUUCUACCCAGCCAUUUCUGCAAACUGGGAAUGAACACCAGAAUCAAAAUCUGACCCCUGGUGUUUGUAACAGCCCUGUUCACAAAAUAUCUGAGAAGAAUAAGAGAUCACAAGCUAAUGAUGACUCUCCAUUGUUAGUUAAAAACAAGAAUCAAGGGCCUUUUGCAAAUUCAUGCCAGCAGAGAAGAGAAGUCAACAAUCCCAAACAAAACGAGAAUGAAGUGGAAAGCAUGCUGAGCCCCACAACCCUGUUUCCAAAGGAAAGAGCUGCAAGAAGUAAAAAUUCCCAAACACUUGGCCAGGGGUUGGAAAACAGAAAUCAGACCAUCUUUUCCAGAGCUACUGAAGCAGAUUCAUCAGGCAAUCAAAACAGAACAAGUACUGGUAGUUCCUAUGAUCCUCUACUGUUGCCAUUUUUAACUGACAAAAACUCCAACCCGUUUAUAAAAAAUAUGCAAGCAAGUGUUUGUAUACAGAAACAGGUCCUUUCCCCAGAUGAGUGUGAUCAUGAUCAAAACCUCCAUCGGUCAAAGAGUUUAAAAAAUGCAAACCUGCACAGUAAUCAGUCACGCAUAAGUCAUGCAAAGAAUCAACGUGAACGUCACUUUUCUGAAAGCACCUACACUCAAGAUUCCCAUGACAACCCUGGCUCUGAAAGUAACUGUCUACCUAAAGAAAGCAGAUACAGUAGAAAGUUUAAAUCUUAUUCCGAGCUGUGUUCUUGUGAUGAAAAUGAAAACUGGGCUUCGUAUGAUAAGAGGAACACCAUCUACGGCACUAGCCGUGUGAUGUAUCCUUCUAUUGAGUUUGGUAUAUUUGGAAAAGAACAACAACUGGCGUUCCUGGAAAAUAUCAAGCGAUCGCUCACAGAAGGGAGAUUAUGGAGACCGUGUCUUCUUAAAAACCCUGGCUUUCUGAGAAGUGAAGAGAGUGAUUCUUUAAAGAGGGCUGAGCUCUUGAGCUCAGGUUCUGCUAGGAGCAAAAUGUCAGUAGAUGCUUCAUCCCCAAGAGACCCAACUGACAUCUAUGGAGAAGAACUAAUGGUUUAUUCAGACUCAGACACUGAUACCACCACAGAUGAUGAAUACUAUAUUUGUGAGACUGAUAAAGAAUCAGAAUUGUGAGCUCCUCUAAUACAAGAGUGAGAGUGAGAUUUGGGGGGAGAGAUAGCUCAGUGGUUUGAGCAUUGGCCUGCUAAACCCAGGGUUGUGAGUUCAAUCCUUGUAGGGGGCCAUUUAGGGAUCUGGGGCAAAAACUGGGGAUUGGUCCUGCUUUGAGCAGGGGGGUUGAACUAGAUGACCUCCUGAGGUCCCUUCCAACCCUGAUAUUCUGUGAUCUGAAAGGUGUUUUGAUGGUUCCUGGAUGGGCAUAAACAUGUAACACAUUUUGGGCCAGAUCCUGUGCUGGUGUAAAUCAGUGUUGGUCCAUUGACUUUAAUGAAGCUAUGUUGAUUUCUGAAAGCUCAAUUUAGCCAUUUUAUAUUUUAGAAGUAUUUAAAACUGUCAUUUUCUUUUGCAAGCAAAAGAUAAAUUCUCACAAAUCUUUUCUUAAAAAUAUGUAUUUUAUUAAGAAAAGGAAGAUGAACAUGGAGCUUUUUAUUGUGUAAUGAUAUGGAAGUAUCUCCACUGACUUCAGUAGGAGCUGGAUUUAGCUCUUAUAUGCUAAGUGGCCAGGUACGCACCCCCCCUUUUGGGCAGAACAAAGGGGGAAAACCACCCUAUUGAGGCAAGGCAAAAACUCUAAAGAAGAGCAUGACAGAUGCAUGCAGUAGACUUUCGCUACUGGAAAUUGGGUUCAAAUCCUUAAUAUGAUAAGUACAGAUGAGUGAUAGUAUGCUUUUAAAGCAUCAUAUGGAAGACAUAGGGUUGAAAUAGCAACGGUCAUUGCUGGCUGGGGCUGAGGUGCAUUGCCAGGGUGGCUUCCUUUGUCCUGGGGAUGAUUCUAGUUUCUAAUAAUAAUGUGUCAUUUCACAGAGCACUAAAUUGAACCAGAAUUUUAAAAAAUUCUGUAACUUAGUUCUCUUCUGUUUAUUUCCUAUGUGUUUCAUUUCCUACACUUCAUGGGCUCAGACCUUAGCUGCAUGUAGUUCAUGCUGAGCACAGCACUGUUAGUGGGAAAGCAAAGGUGACUCUAAAUCACUUUUCCAUCUCCCCUAGCCCUCAGCCCAACAGGGGGCUAAAACAGUCCUUAACAGAUCUUAGAAUAGCCCAAAAAGCUACUGUAAAUGGCACCAACAAAGCAGUCCUAGGAACUACUGUGCUGGCGGAAGAUUGGGCAGAGUGCUGUACUUUCUGGCCCCAUCUUUCCUCUUUUCCCCCUCCCCACUAUACCCCUUACUCUGAGGGAAGGAGAGUGCUGGAUGAAGCCUCAGCUGUCUGCAUAAGACCGUUUAAAGGGCCUCUUACACCACUUUGGUGGGCACUUAAUGAGGCUGAAAGAUCUGGCCCCAUAAGCCAACACUGUUAUUGUUUUUAAAUAGCUGCAGUUUUUUCUGUAUGUAGUGAAGCAUGUCAGAGCUUGAGGAGGAACAUUUUUUGACAUGUUGUGUCUCGCAUCUUCCCUAAAUUAGCAUCUCCCUGUGGUAUUUUUCUAACAUGCUCUCUGUCAUUGCAAUACCUUUCAUCCUUCGAAUAGAAAGGCUAUGAAUGUUUUCCCUGAAGCUGUUCCCAUACCACUUUACUAAAUGUUGUAUCGGCAUUACACAGUAGCCAAAACCCACACCGGGCCCUGAAAUCUUGAACUGAGCUUUCAUCUCUGGCCACUCAAAAUCACAGUAGCUCAGAGCCAGAAGAUCACAUACGUUUAUUUGUACUUAAUCUUUACUAACUUCACAUCUGGUCUCUAAUUAAUCUCAUUCCAGAUUCUGUAUAUUUUUUCAUUUAAUAAAGUUCUCUAAGACACAAAUUAUAUUUAUAUAGCUGGAAAGACAAUGGCAUGAUAUUUUAAAGUAAUAUAUUUUAGGCAAAGCAAGCAAAGUUUGUAUCACUGAAUGCUCCACAUGAAAAAUAUUGUAUUAAACAAUUGGUACCCUUAUUUUUGAUAUUGUAUAUUUCGUUAAAGAAGUGGAGCAGUAGUUUGAAAGAGUUUUGAUGUAUAAAUAUUGUUGUUACAUACUUUGAUAUUUUCUUUGGUUGUACAUAAGACUAAUAUAAACUACAUAUUUAUAUUCAGAAUUGUUCUUUAGGUAUCUAUUUUGGAAUGAUUUGCACAUACAGACUGAUGCACACAGCAUUGGAAGGAAAUAAUUGCCAUGUAAAUGUAAACUUGUAAAAUAUGCUGUUCUGAGAAAUGCUAUGACUAUUUUAUGUACAUGGUUUUACACCAUAUAUACAGGGUUCUAUACCAUAAGAUUAAUAAACCACUUAAUACUAAGUAAGGAUUUUCUGUUAUGAUACGUUUACAGGGAGAUAAAUGGUCAUGUGAUCUGAUCCAGUAAAAGUGGAUUAUUUGAAUGUUCAUACUUGUAAAUAUUUUCUACCCAUAUGGUGGAUUUUGGACUAAGUUCUCAUGUUGGAUGCAUAAAGGAGGCUUUCAUUAAAUACAGUGCUAGGUAUAUGAC